AUGACGCCGCACAUCAACACUUCCCAACCGUCGAGUCAAUUGCUCGCUUGUGCUCUAGUAGUCAGUUGUUUGGCUGCUACUGUACAGGCUAACAGUAGCUCUGGUACCGAUGCCCCGGGCACGAAUCCAGCUAGUGGACCAACAACAGCAUACAAUGAGGCAGGUGCCUCGGGCAACAAUGGUGGACUAUCAAAGCUAGCCCAGAUCGUGAUCGGAGUAGUCAUUGGUGUCAUUGGUCUUGGAACGAUCGUCGGUGCCAUUGUAUUCUUCUUUCGAAGGAAGAAGAAGUGGGACGAGAAGAUCAAGCGCUAUGAAACAAUCAACGCAUACCACAAUGCACAAAGAGAAGCCAAAAGGCAACAGGCAAUGUCAAAUCGACAACAACGUCAACGCCGUCAACGACAGCAGGAGCGUGACGCCGAGCAAGGGAUGCUGGAGAUAUCUACACUUCCAAGAGAUCAAACCCGAGACUCUGUGGUACCCUCCUACGACCCGUCGACUUUCCACAAACAUCAAUAUAGCUUGGACUCUACUACCCGAGGGUUAUCGAUAGAUAUGCCCCGAGAACCAUUGAUAGGUUCACACCAUAGGCAGUCAUCAUCUGUUUCGAACAGCAUCUCAGCAGUACCACCGCCUCCACCUCCUCAAAAGUCAGCAAGUAAGAGGUACAAAGGGUUCGGCGGUUACAGCGCGCAGGUAACCACUUCCAAUUCAGAACAGUCCGUAAACGACUCGUCAGAUGCGCAAGCUUCUUCGAACAACCAAGGAAAACUCAAAGGAUUGAAAAAGCCAAAGCCAGCAUUGACUCGUCUUAUCACAAACUUAUAG